AUGGAGCCGAAGAGCAAGGACAGGAAGCUCUCUCCGCUGGGGGUGGCUGCAUCCGCAGCCUUGAUUGGCAUGGUGCUCGGCAACGACGACAUCCUCCGUGAGAUCCUGCUCCGCCUCGGCUUCACCAGCUGCCUCGUCCGCGCCGCCGCCGUCUGCAAGCAAUGGUACCGGGUCGCCUCCGAUCUGGACUUCCUCCUCAGGUUCCGUGCCCUCCACCCGCCCCGCGUCCUCGGCUUCUACGACAACGAACUCCUGCGCUUCGUGCCGCGCCCACAUCCCCCAGAGAUCGCUUCCAUCGUCCGCCGCUGCUGCAGCCUCCACAUCGGGUACCGCGUGGACAUCCUCUACGACUGCCGCAACGGUCGCGUCAUUCUCUGCCUUGUGGACGACACCGGAGAAGAGGGGACAUUUCGCUACGCCAUCUGCAGCUCACUGUACCCUGAGAGAGGCCUAACCUUCUUCCCAUGGCCCGACGAGAACUCCGAUGAUGAAGAAGGCGAGGACGAGGACGAGGACGACAACGACGAUGGUGAUAAUGAUUUGCUGUGGUCAGUUUUUGAUCAAGGUUUGCUUCUCCCCGAGGAUGGUGGUGACGGCCUCUCGUGCACUUCGGUGACCAUGACGCGCAGUGUUCGGGGAAUCAGGGCACACAUCUGUGACUUGCAAGCUGGAAACUGGAACAAGGUCCGCAGUUCAGAGGUCGUACUGUGGGCGGAUCUGCCGGAACAGUUAGUGGCAUGCCGCAAUUUUGGUUUCCUUGCAUAUGGCAAGGUCUACCGGAUUUGUAUGGCAGAUCACAUCCUCGGGAUAGAUUUAGCUUCUACGAGCCUGUUCUUGAUCAAGCUUCCGGAAGGGGUGAAGCACAGAUCUCAUGCUGCAAACAUUGGGUUAUCGUGUGCUGAGGUUCCGGGGUUUAAUCUUAUCCAUGUGAGUGAGGACUUUCAGCUUUCUGUCUGGAUCUACAGAACGGACUGCAGCGGCCCAGGCAACUGGGAGCUGGUUGACACAGUCUGCCUGCGUCAGGCCUUUGGUCACCUCGUGCAUCCUACCUGGUUUUCAGGGAAUGUGUUUUUCAGUGUAAAUGAUGUCAGAGAUAAUGCCGAGUUUGUCUUGUUUGAGAUAGAACAACAACUCUUCUACCUGGAUGUUUCAAGAAGGACUGUGGAGAAGGUGUACCAUGGAACCCAGAGUCAUGGAUGCCCGUUUGAUGUCUGUCCCUUGGUGAUGGUUUGGCCUCCUACUUUUCCAGAGCUGAACAAUGAUUGA